UAAAGAUGUUCGCUAAUCCAAUGAGGCAAGCACCGGUUAUGGUUCUCCAGAACAAUACAAAAAGAGAGCAGGGUAAGAAAGCUCAGCUUUCUAACAUCAAGGCUGCUAAAGCUGUUGCUGAUGUAGUAAGGACUACUCUCGGUCCCAGCUCCAUGCUUAAGAUGCUUUUGGAUCCAAUGGGAGGUAUUGUCAUGACAAAUGAUGGAAAUGCUAUCCUUAGAGAAAUCGAUGUUGCUCAUCCAGCUGCCAAGAGUAUGAUCGAGCUGGCCAGAGCCCAGGACGAAGAAGUCGGUGAUGGAACCACUUCCGUCAUUGUUCUUGCAGGACAAAUCCUCCAAGCAGCUGAGAUAUUUAUUGAGAAGAGAGUGCAUCCAACAGUUGUGGUAAAUGCUUACUUCAAGGCAAUGGAAGAGAUCCUUAAGAUCACUGAGGAGCUCGGCGUUGACAUUGAUGUUGACAGCGAAGAAGACAUCAAGAAAAUAGUCACUAGCUGUAUUGGUACUAAGUUCUCUCACAAAUGGGGAGAUCUCAUUGUGGAUUUGGCCAUCAAGGCUACUAAAACCGUUCUCAGACAAUCUGGUAAGGAAGUUGAGAUUGACCUCAAGAGAUAUGCUAAGGUAGAAAAGAUACCAGGAGGAACCAUUGAAGACUGUACUGUCCUUGACGGUGUAAUGUUUAACAAAGAUGUCACACACGGAGAGAUGAGAAGAAAAAUUGAGAAUCCAAGAAUUGUCCUUCUCGAUUGUCCACUCGAAUACAAAAAGGGAGAGAGUAUGACCAAUAUCGAGAUGAGCAAUGAGGAAGAUUUCAAGAAAGCUCUCGAGUCAGAAGAGGAAGAAGUCAGAAAGAUGUGUGAGCACAUCUUGAGAGUCAAGCCAGAUAUUGUCAUCACAGAGAAAGGAAUCAGUGAUUUCUGCCAGCACUUCUUAAUGAAGGGAAACAAUAUCACUAUGAUUAGAAGAAUCAGAAAGACUGACAACAACAGACUUGCCAGAGUUUGUGGAGCUACUAUUGCUCACAGGCCAGAAGAGCUUCAGGAAGAAGAUGUAGGUACCCUGAGUGGUCUUUUUGAGGUAAAGAAAAUUGGAGAUGAUUACUUCACCUUCGUUACUGAAAGUAAGAAUCCAGAAGCUUGCUCCAUUUUAUUGAGAGGAGCUUCCAAGGAUGUCUUGAAUGAAAUCGAAAGAAACUUGCAGGAUGCUAUGCAGGUAGCCAGAAGCGUUAUCAUUAAUCCAAAGCUAGUUCCAGGAGGUGGAGCUUUAGAAAUGGAGCUUGCAAGCAGACUUAUUGAGCACUCCAAAGAAGUUGAAGGACUUCAACAGUGGCCAUUCAAAGCAUUGGCUUCUGCUUUAGAAGUUAUCCCAAGAACUCUUGCUCAAAAUUGUGGAGGAAAUGUAGUCCGUUUGAUGACUGAACUUAGAGCUAAGCACAGCAAGGAUGAUGGUCUCUGGUAUGGAAUUGACGGAAACAAGGGAGUCAUUGCUAACAUGAAAGAAAUCGAUAUCUGGGAUCCAGUUGCAGUAAAAUUACAGACUUACAAAACAGCAAUCGAAUCCUCAUGCAUGCUUCUCAGAAUUGAUGAUGUCGUAUCCGGAAUGAAGAAGACUAAAAAACAAGCUGCUCCUCAACAAGAGGAAGAACCAAGACCAGAUGAGGGACACACCUUCGGAGAUGAGAGAGACGGCUAAUCC